UUUUAAUAAAAGUUGUUUUUGCUUGUAGCGGUACGAUACUCCUAGCGACUGUUGGACCAUUGUACGCUUACCGCGGUGUAUGAUACUCUGUAAUUUUGAACUUUAACGUUAGGUCCUUUUGGAGGUUUCUGUUGAUGUAACAACUUGCAACACCCUGCUUAUUAAAAUUAUUACUACAGAUAUUUGAAUCGGAAAUUGAAUAACCCCAUAAAGGUGCUGUUAGUCAUCACAAUGAACGUAUUACUUCAAGCUUGCUUAAAAGGUUUUAACGUAACAGAACAGGUGCUUGUGGAUGCAUUGCAGUCUUCUAAAUACGUGUAUUUUACUAGUUCACAUUUUCGUUUUUCAACCUCACGAUUCCAGGCACUAAAGGAGUGCAAAGAUAGCACUGAAAGAAAAAAAGUAAGAACUGAAAAUGUUAAACUCAAAUUUGGAAAACGUGAUAGAGGAUGUGUUUCAGUAUUUUUAGCAGGUUCUGCUAAAAGACGGGCAGAAAAUAAUGUAAAUGGCUACAACAAGCUGGCUAUCACAGACGUGGAGCCUAAAACUGAACGUAUAAAAAUACCAACGAGUCCUCUAAACGUUCGAGAAUGGAAAGAAUUAAAAGAUGAAAGUGGCAAUCUCCGAAGGUUUGAAAUACGAGUAAUGGAACUUUUACUGUCUAAAAAUGGUGAUAUAAGUGUUGGAAAAUCGCUGCUGAAUUUCGUUGUGGUAGAAAACGGCACUAUAGAAUAUGAGCUACUGCUGAAAUAUUUGGCACUGUGUGUUCAACAGAAUAAUUCAGCGGAGAUUUUCGAUGUGUAUGAUAUAAUGAAAACUGCGUUCAAGACGCUGGAUACAGGAGCUUACAGACUUCUUAUUAAAGGUUUUAGUAGGACAGAACGUUUGGCUGAGUGUUUGUCAUGUUUAGAGUCCAUAAAAAAAGUUAUCACUCCGUCAUCAAGGAACUACGGUGAUGUAAUGGUCUGUGCUCUUGCUCAAAAAGAGGCAAAUACUGCUUGGAGUUUAUAUGAGGAGAUGCUGAGAAGUAAUUUAAUUCCAAAUUUGGAGACUAUAGAGGCCCUUUUUAGUAGUGGUCGAAAUUUUAGUGACACUGAUUACACAACCAAGCUUAUUAACACACUCUUAUUACUUCGUGACAACCAGAUCUUCCCAGACGAAUCUCUAAUGCUAGCUGUUAAGUCUUGGUUUGAAAGUUUACCAGGACAGCAAUGGGAAGGACAACUGACUGCAGUGCCACGUGGUAGCCAGUGUCCCAGCUGUGGAACACAGCUCGAAUCUAUUCUGUUGAGUGAAGAGGAGUAUCUCCAGUUGCAGUCUCGUAUUAUGAAUGAUGUCAUACAUGGCACAGACGUGUUUAAGAAAACAACUCCUGAGGAAUUGGAAAGAUUUCAGAAGUUUGUGAAAAGAUGCCCUCCUUUUGAUGUUGUUAUAGAUGGACUUAAUGUGGCCAACAUCUCCAGCAAAGAGAGACAGUCACAAACUCUCCUUGAUGUGGUUUCGUAUCUUGCAAAUCAGGGUCAGCGCCUGCUUGUACUUGGCCGAAAGCAUAUGUUAAAGGAAACACAUGCCUGGAAAAGACAUCAUAUUGCUACCAUACAAGAUAAAGCUACCUGCUUUUUUACCGAAAAUGUGUCAGAAGAUGACCCAUUCCUCUUGUAUGCUACUCUGCACUCGGGCAACCACUGUAAGUUCCUCAGUAGAGACUUGAUGCGAGAUCAUAAGGCCUGCCUACCUGAUAGCAGUACCCGACGCUUAUUCUUUAAGUGGCAGAGAGGACACCAGUUGGUGAUUUCCAGCUAUAUUCCAGGAAAGAAGAUUAUGCUACAGGUGACUCCUAAUGUUGAUACUAUAAUACAAACAACAGGUGACAGCUGGCACAUUCCUUAUGAUGAACGAGGGGUGGAGAGAUACUCUUAUGAAGUGCCAAGGAAGUGGUUAUGCCUUAUAAGAAAAGAAUUUGAAAAACACUGAAAAAUAAAACUGAACUGCCAUUUUAGUGUCAUAAAUUCUGUCUAUGAGCACGACUGAUGUUUUUUCUGCAUUUGUUUAAUUUUUGCUGUUAUAAACACUUAUUGUGGGACUGUUAUCUCAAUCCUUUGACUCAUACUUCUUCACCCUCAUCAUGUCCACUGAUGUCCACCUACCACAGUUGAUGUGCUUUAUUACCACAGCUGGAGUCAGUGUGCCACUGGCUAAACUGGGCUCAUAAAUUUGAUGUAGUGUACCAUCUUAGACCAUGGCCACUAGCUAGCAGCAUUAUAGUAGGCACUGUAGUCACUACAGCAUAAAGAAGAGAUCAUCGAGUAGUGGUGUCCUUCCCUGCAGAAGGCCAACAGCAUGACACAGAACUCUGUAGCUCCCAUCAGUGCAAAUGGAAGAUAUCCUUGGUGGUUUUACCUCUUAGUUCUUCAUUGUGAUGCUGUCUGUGCUUUAUGACAUCAGAAGCUACCUUUUAAGAAACCUUUAAUUCCCUAGCUUUAUCUAGACUUAAGCUUCUCAUGUAAUGAAGUGCAUAAAUGAACUGUUUAUUAUGAAUGUAUCUACUGUCUUUUUCCCCUCCAUACAAUGAAUGCCAUUAAAAAUACUGUAUGUGUCCUAACACCUAACCAAACUGUA